CUUGACAAUAAUGUCUAAGAGAAGGGACAGGACAGCAAUGGGCCGCAGCCGAUAUUUAUCCCAAACAAAUCAAACUACCACCGGGACUCAGCCGUUAGUGAUGGAUAAACGGUAGUUAAUGUGUUCUUAUGCGGUUAUACGUCGUAUUUGUUUGUCGUUUUAAAGGUAAAGUGGUAGAGUUUAGCUAAACUUAGCAGAAUUAUUCUUCCAGUGGGAGGAAGUUUGCUGUGGCGGAGGAAAAAGAAUCAUAGGAACUAUCCCCCGAAAUCAUAGGAACUAUCCCCCGAAAUCACAGGAACUAUCCCCCGAAAUCAUAGGAACUAUCCCCCUGACAUCAUAGGAACUAUCCCCCGACAUGGAGGACUCCGGCUCGGCCCUGGAGAAGAACGUCGCGGACCUCACGGUGAUGGACGUGUACGACAUCGCCGCGGUGGUGGGCCAGGAGUUCGAGCGGAUCAUCGACCGGUACGGCUGCGAGGCUCUGUCCCGGCUUAUGCCCAAAGUGGUGCGUGUGCUGGAGAUCCUGGAGGUGAUGGUGAGCCGCAACUGCAUCAGCCCGGAGACCGAGGAGCUGCGGCUGGAGCUGGACAAGCUGCGGCUGGAGCGGAUGGAGCGGCUGGAGAAGGAGAAGAAGCACCGAAAGGAGCUGGAGCUGGUGGAGGACGUGUGGAGAGGAGAAGCUCAGGACCUGCUCACUCAGAUCGCUCAGCUGCAGGAGGAGAACCAAAGCCUCCUCACCAACAUGUCCAACAAAGACCCCAUGAGUGAGGAGGACCUGCAGAGGCACGAGGGUAUGACGGAGAGAGAGAGGCAGGUGAUGAAGAAGCUCAAAGAGGUGGUGGACAAGCAGAGAGACGAGAUUCGAGCCAAGGACCGCGAGCUCACGCUGAAGAACGAGGACAUAGAAGCACUCCAGCAGCAGCAGUCCCGCCUCAUGAAAAUCAACCACGACCUGCGCCACAAGUUCUCCGUGGUGGAGGCUCAAGGGAAAGCGCUGAUCGGACAGAAGGUGGAGCUGGAGGCCGGAGCGCAGGCGCAGGGGCAGGAAGUCGGAGCCCUUCGGCAGGAAGUUGCACGCUUGAGGGAACGACUUCAAGGAGACUUGCCCGCCCGGAACCCAGAGGAACCCCCACCUCAGCCCCCCUCACCUGCAGAGCGUGGCAAAGCUGCUACGGGGGUGGUGGUGGGGGCUGAGGGCUGGUCAGACAGACCCGACCCCUCUGAGCCGAUGUUGGGCGGGUUUGACUCUUCCUCGCCCCCCCUGCUUGGUUCCCUCAGCCCAGAGGGCCACGAGGAGGAUGAGGAGGAUGAGGAGGAUGAUGAGGAGGAUGAGGACGAGGCAGUGUUGCUUUGGGAGGCGAUGUGCGAUGAGGACAUGCCGGCUGUGUUCCAAUAUUUUACAAAGGAGGCGCUGUGCGAGGAGGACACGGGGGGCCUGGACCCCAAGGACCCCAACCGGCCCCGGUUCACCCUGCAGGAGCUGAGGGACGUCCUCCACGAGAGGAACGAGCUCAAGGCCAAAGUCUUCAUGCUGCAGGAGGAGCUGGCCUACUACAAAAGUGAAGAGACAGAAGAUGAGAUUGUGACUCCGUCUUCGUCUCCGUCUCCUGAGCUGAGGACUCGCUCCCGUUCUUCUGCCCAGCCGGAGUCAGGAAUCAAACGCCUGUUUAGUUUCUUCUCGCGGGACAAGCAGCGGAGCUCGCAGCGCGGCGGGCAGUUCGACGCGGACCUCGGCUCGUGGACGGGGAAGGACGACGUGUACACGGAACAAGCCCAGGAGGCUUUACAGCACAUGUAGGGUCACCGGACAAACUCCAAAAACUCUGAGCACUCCACGUCCAUCACUCGAGGCGGCUCGUUGAAGCGUUGGACUGCAAAACCACGACAAGUGACUGAAAAUAGCACGCGCUCCUGAGGUGAGACAGAAAGAAGAGAAUCCUUAGAAAUGUAUUUAAACACCUGAGAAUACUUUACAUACAUGCUGUAUAUCUCGGUGAGCACUGGCACAUACAGACUUUAAACAGAUGUUAGAGAAUAUGUCGGAGGAGAAGGCAAACUCAAGUCAUAGGAUGGAAAGGGGAAAGUUGGUUCCUGAAGAGGUUCAGCGGGUGAAAGUGAGGACACAGAAGAAGGCCGGGGACACAGACGUGUGCUGCUAAUCUAAAGUAAUGUUUGCUCGUCGAUGAAACACGAAGGUUUUACAGUUUACGAUCGAUCACAGAAAGCAUUCAAAGAUGAGAGCAAGCAGCACGUUUGUGUCCCUUUUUAUUCGGGUUUAUUUAAAACGUCUCCUGGUUCACGUGAGCAGCUCGUUGGUUCAUCACCAGCACUUUCACACCAAACUGUGCAGCUUCAAAGAACAGGCACAGAGUUCAAAGCUUUGUGUGUAAAAUGUUUCACAGAAUCACAAACAGAUGCUUUUUAUUUAUAAUCAUGCAACAUGCAGUAAGUAGGUAUGGAAGCCCACUUCUGCAAGAAAAGGAAGAAAUAAACACAAACAUAUGACCUGAUAAAAAUAAAAUGUAAAAAUAGUUUAUUUUGAAUUACUAUCUCUUCAUUUUUACUUAACAAAUCAACUGUUUAGUAAACAGAUGCAGAAUAUUAGAAAAACAAGCUCAUAACCUUUAAACACUCCAGAAACAUUUUACAGAAGCCGUGUGUUAAACUCCUUUACCUUGUUUUUAUAUAUUAGUAAAGAUAAACUAUUUUAAUUAUCAUGUCUAUAUUUAGAGAAUGCUUAAAAGAUAACUCUGAUAUUCCAUGUUUUUCAUAUUGUCAACAAAUCCCAUGAAAACUAAACACAAUGAGUGAAUGUUACUGACUAGUAUUACUUCAUCACCAUGAACACACGGCAGUCUAUUACACAUACUGACCUGAGCACCACAUGUGGAUUCAUCCGCUGCUGAAAAUAGACCCAAACAGAAGCACUGAUUCCUCCUGUUUGUUGUGUUUGAUGCGUUUUUAAACAUUCAUGUCUUCAGGAGGAAGGAGUGGGAUUCAGAUAUCAUCGAACAGUUUUGGUCUUUUCAUGAGAUUUGUUGACAAUAAGUGAAAUAUA